UCAUGGCAUGGUGCCCCGUCCAUGUUUGGCGGAGAAGAAGAAGACGAAGGAGAAGAAGAAGAAGUUUGUGUUGCUUCGAGCAACUCCAGACACGAUUAGUUUGAGUCACAACUCAAGUCUAGGAGGAGAGAGACAGUUUAUUCAUAACUUUUCUUUUUGCUUUAGGGCUUAUCACAUCAACGAAACGUUAUUUGACGCAGAAUUUAAAGUCACAUUGCUUAAUUUGUCAUUAAAUUUAAGUUAACGUAAUCUAAAUAACCGGCGUAGACCAGAGCGGGCGGUUCUGAAUGUAUGUCCCACUCACGUUGAAAUCACCGGCUUGUUGCUCUGUCGUUCAGCAGCCCAGCUAACGUUAUUCCUGGGUGGGCUGUGGGCUUUUAUUUCAUUUUUCUCUAUUUUUGUUUAAGUUCUUGGCAAUUAAUGAAUAGGCUCCUAAUUCUCCGUUUCGCAUGAACCGCGUCGAGGCAGCGACGAGGGGUCGGGGGCUCCGCCAAAAGAGCCGGGCUUCAGGAUGAGGAUGCCCAGAGGAGGACGCCUGUUUCUGGCGACGUGCCUCGGCUCGCUCUUCGUUCUCGUGCUGUACUUCCAGAGCAUCACCAAGCCAGAAGCUGGUUUGAAGACGGACAGUACACCAGGGAAAAGCAGGAGAAGUCCACUGCAGACUCUCUACAAUGGAGACCAGCUGGAGCUGUCGGCAGCUCAGAGGUCCCUCCAAGGCCGCAGGGAGCUGUUGGAGCAGACGUGUCUGAGCCACAUGAGGAAGCGGCAGGUGCUUUCGCCGGAGGAUCUCAAACAUCUCAUUGUGGAUGAUAAACACAGCCUUAUUUACUGCUAUGUGCCCAAGGUGGCCUGCACCAACUGGAAGCGCGUCCUCAUGGUCUUAACCAGUGACGGCCGCUACAGCGAUCCCCUCGCCAUCCCUGCAAACGAGGCCCACGUGGCAGGUAACCUCCACACACUGAACGAGUUCUCAGUCCCUGAGAUCAACCAUCGCCUCCGCAGCUACCUCAAGUUCAUCUUCGUGCGGGAGCCCUUCGAGCGCCUAGUGUCCGCCUACCGGAACAAGUUCACCCGCAGCUACAACACGGCUUUCCACAAACGCUACGGAACCAAGAUCAUCCGCCGGCACCGGGCCAACCCGGAGGCCGAAGCGCUGGAGAAAGGGAAUGACGUUUCUUUCCCUGAGUUCGUCCAGUACCUCGUGGACCCGCGGACCCAACGGGAGGAGCCUCUGAAUGAGCACUGGGAGCGGGUGCACUCCCUCUGCCACCCUUGCCUCAUCCACUAUGAUGUAGUGGGGAAGUACGAGACUCUGGAGCCAGACGCUCAGGCUGUGCUCAGGUUGGCUGGAGUGGAGAGAACGCUUCAGUUUCCAACAUCUGGUAAGAGCACCAGGACUGAUGGCAACAUGGCAGCACGCUACUUUAAGCACAUCAGUCCUUUCUACCAGAAGAAACUGUUCAACCUGUAUCGAAUGGACUUCCUGCUCUUCAACUACUCCACACCCGAGUACCUCACGACUCGAUGAGGGGGGAGAACAGAGGACAGACAUCAGCACCCUUGAUGGAUGAUGCUUUUCUUUCACAUUCCCUUCAGACUUUUUGUUAGUGAUGGAUCAUUUAGCACUUUGCGGUUGCCAUGGACUCUUGUAUAACUAUCAUCCCUGUUGUGAGUGGUCCAUCACAAACGCUGACCCCCCCCCCAAAAGAAAAAAAAACUUGAUUUUCUGGUUUCAGUGAGUGGAACUUUGAAAAUGGAAACACAUUUCUUCUGAAAGAAGUCUGUACUGAAAUCCAAGCAUAUGUCAUAUCUGUCAGUUUGCGUUCCAGUGUGAAAACGCCAAACUGUUUUGAGGCCUAGCAGAACAGUGCAGAUGCAGGUUGCUUAAAACUGCAGGUGAUACAUGAGCUGUCUUUACUCACAGGUCCUUCCUUUCAGGGCUUGUUAGAAUUCAGUUAUUUAUUUUUUUAUUCACCUGAAUACCAUUUCUCAUCUACAAACAGCUUUGUCAAAGUUUGCUAAUCAUUCUUUCAGUUUCAUUGUCUGUCACAUGUGGUUGUUAAGUCAAUGUGAUAAGCGUUAUCAGCAACCCUGAGGUGCCCACUACAGUGAAGGUUCUAUCAUGGCUUGUUUUUGUUUUUUGUUUUUGUUUUUUUGCUUUUUUGAGAACUAAUGAGCCAUAAAUGGAAGUCAGAGCUCGGGGGAGCAGGUUCUCCUCUUGAACAGGCAUACAGGUGAAUGUGCUGACUGUGAAACUGAACACAGCAGAUUUAAUCAAAGCACCUACAGCACAAUAAUAACUGGAUGGCGUGUAUUUAUGUAUGUCAGUGGAUUAAGUAUUUAUUGUCGUGGAAACGUUAGAGGCAGCGAGGCUUUGGGCUCAUGAUUUUGUGAAAAUGAGAUUCAUUUGAAAGAGGGGAGGGGUUAUGUCUUUUAUUUGUGUUUGCAUGGAAAGUUACUUGCUGUCUUGGCUUUUGCACAUGAACCCAUGCCAAAUAUGAAAUCUUCUGGACUGUUCAGAUAUCAUGAUAUCCCUGUUCCCUGGGCCUGUCUUGUCUAAUUCAUCACAGCACUCCCCGACACUAUCUUAAAUGUAUAUCUGAGAGUAAUUCCCAGGGAAACUCGCAGUCCCCGCUUACUUCCAGUAAAAGCUUGUUGCCACCCCUCCUCUAUCACCGUCUGUAUUUAGCUCCGGGCAGGUAGGCUGAACAAACAACCACAUAGCUGUGGUCAGGACCGGGUCCAGCCCUGCACUGCCCCUCGUCAGAGCUCUCCUUGUUAGGGUGAAUGCAGGCGGCCGAGGGGUCAAUCCACCUACUGUCAUCUCCACUGCAGGGCCUUGUUCAGCAAACACGACAGAAAUUAUGGUAAAUAAUACGGAGGUUAAUGUAGGAAAAAGUUUAUUAAUGGCCUGUACUGUGAAAAUACCUGGUUUAGUAAAAGUUUUAAAUGCACGUUUUGAAGGGAAUUCCAUCGUUUCCGCACAUCAAAGUCUGCUUACAGGUGCUGGGAGCUCAGCACAUUUCCUCAAGUGGUGUCACUUGAGUCGGCAUCUGUUGGGACAGAAGACUACAAGUUUGAAAAUUAAGUGACCUUACCAAGCCCGGGGUCUUAAAAACGGAUUUUUCUGGUUCAAAUCGAUCUUCAUCUGAAUGAUCGGAUAAAUAUUUAUGCAUGUCAGAGAUCGAUAAUUGCUGUGUUUCCUGUGGAUUUGUGUGUUACAGGGUCCAAGAUAGACCCUUGAAAAGUCCCACAUGCAGGAAAUGUGGGCCGAUGUUUUUAUAUUCAACCAAAAUAAUCACGUCAUAAAGAACUAUGCUGAGAGUCAUUGCAGCAUUUUUGAUAUUGACUCCAGGUGCAUUCAGGUGUACUUUGUCAACUCAGAACUCUUUGUUUGAUUGGUCACAAAGGUUAUUUAAAGCAGGAAAGUUUUAAAUGUUUUUCCUUUGUUGAAAUUCUUAAUACUCAAUAAUCUGUCAAGACUUACCCAUAAUGUCUCCAGACACAAGUGUUAAACCACAGUCCCACAGAACCAUUUGAAUUCUUAACAUAAAAAUUAAUACUUUUGAUAAUGCAUCAUGGCCAGAUGGUUACUUCAUGUAUUGAAGGAAAAAGGAUGCCUGGAUUCAAAAUGAUUUUUUUUUUUUUAAUUGUCCAUCACAGUCAACCCAAAUAUGUAAAGAGCGAAAUGCUAAAUCAGUGGUGUUCUCUUUUAGGCCCAUUCGUGCUUGAAAGUAGCUUGUAAAAUCAUACAAAAUCCUUAAAAUUUCACUUGAAACAGUCAAAUCUGCCGGUGCAUUGGUGACACAGUAUCUUACCAGUAACCACGGUAAACUGUGCUGCCUUGCUUCAUUUAGUUUAGGGAUGUUGUUAAGGGAAAAAGAACAAUAAGAAAUACAUGUAAAGAAAACUCUGUACUGUAGCUUUUCGUCGACUUAAAAACAUCGACGCUUAAUGUUUCCAUCUUCACUAAUUCCUAAAAAUGUCUCAGGAGGUUUAAUGAAAAAUUCAGUCGAUUAGCAGUAAUCAAGUAAAACAGUCAAAUCACUUUUUCAUUCCAACGACUGUCUUCUCAAAGUCCCGUCCCAUCCUCUGGACCUUUCUUAUAAGGGCACCAGUCCAGCCUGGAUGAAUUGGAGACAUUGCAUGCUGGGAUUCAUCUGGACCUGACAUAGCUAGUUAUCCCUGAGAACACAAAAAUAACCUUCUAAUAACAAAAAAAGUCAUCAUUUCCGCGAAAAAGUCGUGUGCCAGAGUCAGGAUAUUAGUUCCAGUUUUGCUCCGAAGGCUUGCACAGUUGUUUCGGUGCAUGUCCAGACAAGCUGGCAUGGAACGAGCGGUAAUUUCAUCUCGCCUCCUCCAGAUUUCUUUUAUAAAAUGUUUCAUCUUGCUGAAGAAUACGGUCAGACAGGCCCAGUCAGGCCCCCGUCUGGAAACAUUGCAUUUGUACGCCUGUAGUCAUGCUUUGAAAAAGUGCAAUAUCUGUGUGAGUAUCUGUAAUGUGUUAAAAGCUGUAUCUUUAUAAGUGAUUUCCUCUUUUAUUCAAGCCUUCAAUCUGCGCCACCGCGCCUCUGCCACAUUUUAUUUUUCCGUUCGGCCGUGAUUGUAGCCGUGGAUUACAGGGUUUUUCAGUCUAAUGCUCCCCUGUGUGGCAGUGUGUCAUUUAAGCCAUAAUUGUCGAGAAGAUGCGACUUGCCAAAAAAACUCCAAUCACACCCUUUGUGGGUUUUUUUUUUAUUUUUUAUUUUUUUAUCAUCCUACUGGCAAGGCGACACGCUUGCACAAAAUGUAUGUUUUUAUCUUUUAAUUUUAUUUUUUUUCUUCUUCUGGAAAAUACACAAUAACACAUAGCUUGUUCUUUUCAAAGGGAUACAACACGCGGACGCUGCUGUGUAUGGACACAGCUAGUCACAUCUCCAGACAGUUUUUCUUGUUCGGAAAUGUUCCUUUAGUCUGACCUGUGAAAUAGCGAACAGAGAGCACAAUCUGAGGGAAUCUGUCAUGCACCAGUUUACUCGUGCCAUAAAACUGUGAAUGUGAUGAUUUGUAAGUGAAGUGCACUUGCUGAUGUGAUGAUUGACUGGCUGGUUACCCUGAAGCUCCAACAAAUACAAUCCCUGAACAGCACCGCUGAC